GGCUGGAGAGUAGGUCAACAGCAAGUGCCCAGGGGCCUCUAGUGUCAACGCUCUAUAAAGUAUGAAGAGAGCCCCCCUAUAGUGAAGGAAACAUGGCAGAUAAGAGGAAGCUACAAGGUGAGAUCGAUCGGUGUCUCAAAAAGGUAUCGGAAGGUGUGGAGCAGUUUGAAGAUAUCUGGCAGAAGCUCCAUAAUGCAGCGAAUGCCAAUCAGAAGGAGAAAUAUGAAGCUGAUCUGAAAAAGGAGAUUAAGAAGCUCCAGAGAUUGAGGGACCAGAUCAAGACAUGGGUUGCAUCCAAUGAGAUUAAAGACAAAAGGCAGCUAAUAGACAACCGGAAACUCAUUGAGACGCAAAUGGAGCGGUUCAAGGUAGUGGAACGUGAGACCAAGACAAAAGCCUACUCCAAAGAGGGGCUGGGCCUCGCCCAGAAAGUGGACCCAGCCCAGAAGGAGAAAGAGGAAGUUGGGCAGUGGCUGACGAAUACAAUAGACACCUUGAACAUGCAGGUGGAUCAGUUUGAGAGCGAAGUGGAGUCGCUCUCGGUCCAGACGCGCAAGAAGAAGGGAGACAAGGAUAAGCAAGACCGGAUCGAGGGCCUGAAGCGGCAUAUUGAGAAGCAUCGGUACCACAUCCGGAUGCUGGAGACAAUCCUGCGCAUGCUGGACAACGACUCUAUCAACGUGGACUCUAUCCGCAAAAUCAAGGACGAUGUGGAGUAUUACGUUGAUUCUUCGCAGGACCCCGAUUUUGAGGAGAAUGAGUUUCUCUACGAUGACCUCGACUUAGAAGACAUUCCACAGGCACUGGUAGCCACUUCCCCACCCAGCCAUAGCCACAUGGAAGAUGAGAUGUUCAACCAAUCCAGCAGCACCCCCACAUCGACCACAUCCAGCUCCCCAAUCCCACCCAGCCCUGCAAACUGCACAACGGAGAAUUCUGAAGAUGAUAAGAAACGAGGACGGUCAACAGACAGUGAAGUCAGCCAAUCCCCAGCAAAGAACGGUUCAAAAGGCCUCCACAAUAACCACCACCAGCCUCCUCCCACCAUCCCUCCCAGCUACCCAAUGGGCAGCAGCUCCAGCACAUCAUCCUCCCUGGGGAACGGGCCUGGCUCCAACAGCAACGGGGCCCUCACGGGCAGCGGGAAUGCAAGCAGCAAAGCCAACCCUCCGGCAGGGCACGCACCGACCACCCCAACCCCUUACGCACAGGCUGUGGCGCCCCCACCCCCCAGCACCAACGCCUCACAGCCCCGGCCUCCCAGCACCCAGCAGAACGCCAGCAAGCAGAACGGUGCAACCAGUUACAGCUCCGUGGUAGCCGACAACAGCUCAGAUUCGACACUAAGCAGCGGCAACCAGUCAUUGCCUAACCAGACAACGUCACACAAUCCACCCAGUGCUUCCACGAAAGAGCCCAGUGCAGCUCCUCAGCCAUCAAGUAUCGGCAACAGCACUGGAUCCAGCCUCCUGGUGCCUCUGACUGCCAACCCACCUGCCUCACCCACACCCAUCUUCUCCGACAGCAAAUCUGCCCAGACGUUGCUCAACGGACCGCCCCAGUUCAGCUCCACGCCUGAGAUCAAGGCGCCUGAACCUCUAAGUACGUUGAAGUCCAUGACUGAAAGGGUAGCAAUCAGUUCUAGCAUAGAAGACCCCGUGCCAUCUCUUCACCUGGCUGAAAGGGCUGACAUCUUAAUUACUAGCACAACAUCUCAGCCAACCUCCAACCAGCCCCCCAUCCAGCUCUCGGAGGUGAACAUCCCCCUUUCCCUCGGGGUGUGCCCUCUGGGGCCCGUGCCUCUCAUUAAGGAGCAGCUCUACCAACAGGCCAUGGAAGAGGCCGCCUGGCACCACAUGCCUCAUCCUUCUGAUUCGGAAAGAAUCCGGCAAUACCUUCCUCGGAAUCCCUGUCCGACUCCUCCAUACCACCACCAGAUGCCUCCUCCACACUCCGACACGGUGGAAUUCUACCAGCGCCUCUCCACAGAGACUCUUUUCUUCAUCUUCUACUAUCUGGAGGGUACAAAGGCACAAUACCUGGCAGCAAAGGCACUGAAAAAGCAAUCGUGGCGCUUCCAUACGAAGUACAUGAUGUGGUUUCAGCGGCACGAAGAACCUAAGACCAUCACUGAUGAGUUUGAGCAGGGCACUUACAUCUACUUCGACUACGAGAAAUGGGGCCAGCGCAAAAAGGAGGGUUUCACCUUUGAAUACCGCUACCUGGAAGACCGGGACCUGCAGUGAUGCCCUGGGGCCAGCAGGGGGUGCCAAGUUUUCCUUCCAGAGACAGCUGUGGUGGUGUGUUGGGGGCAGCGGCAAAGGAAGACCCACCUACCCCUCACCUCUCUUCAUCUUCCCCCCCAGAUCACAAGCGGGGUGGGAGGGGGCAAGCCGCAUGUUUAAAAAAACAAAUGCAUGCAAGUUUUAAAAAUGACCGCAGGACGGAGGAGGAGGGGCAGCGGCAGUGGCAGGCUUCUCCUCUGCCUUUUCCUUGCUCUCUUCUGCCCGUGAAGAGGUCAGAAACGGGGAAAUGCCCUUCAUGCGCACCAGGUUUGGGCGCCAGAAUGGAGAUUAAAAGGAAAAAAAAAAAGAAUUUGAGAAUCCCACCAAAAGAGUGACUUCCCCCAUUCUCCAUUUUGUGUGU